AUGAAUAGUCAAAGUACAAAAACAACUUUAACCAAACACAAACCCAAUCAACUUACUAAUCCCGCAAUUUCCGUUGAAAAAACCUACUUCCAAGCACCUGACGAACUUACAUUUUCAACUAAUGAAUGUCAAUCACAUCAAAUCUUACAUAAACACAAUUCCAAAUUGCUCAAAAAAUCACAUCAAAUCAAGAGGAAAACCAGAAAUUUCACCCUAAGUGAUGAUCAAAAAAUAUUACACCUUGUACUAACUCUGGGGCCCAAAUUUAAGUAGAUUGCCAAAAAAAUCCCUGGAAAGUCUAUCAAUGUAAUCAAAAAUAGAUAUUACAGGGAUCUUAGAUAUAGGUGGGAUGAAGUCUUGGGAAUGUACACAUUUUUAUAUAAACUUAUAGUGAAUAUAUUCAUCUUAAUGUCAAGAAAGAAGAAUCAUACUUCGAUACCUUAGUCGCAAAUUCAUACAUGCACCAAGACCUAUCCAACAUUUUGAUCCCAAUGUUAUCCUCAAUCCAAACAGUGAUAAAUUAAUGUUUGCAUUGA